UCCCCACCAAAACAUUUCUUACCAAACUAAAAUCCAAGUACCAAAAACUCUUCCUCUUCGCAUCUAAUCUCCUCACUCAGUCUCUCCUCUUUUUCUUCUCCCUUUCUCUUCUUCUUCUUCUUCUGGUCCUAAAAUUCAAACGCCUCCAAAAAAUCAAAAUGGAAACCUCGCCGAGGCACACCACGAAUCCCAAUAUCCUUGCAUCUCCGAAAAGUCUCAGUCCCAACAGCAGCACCAGCAGCACAAGCAGCGGCAGCAACACGAACCCGCCACCGCCAACUCCACCGCCUCAACAGCCCAAACCAAUCACCAGAUCUGAAUCCGCCAACCCCUACCCGACGACCUUCGUCCAAGCCGACACUUCUUCUUUCAAGCAAGUCGUCCAGAUGCUCACCGGAUCCUCCGAGACCGCCAAGCUCGCUUCUUCCACCAAACCCACUCCCUCCCCUCUCUCCGACUCAAACCCCAAAACCCAUAUCCCUCCGAUCAAAUCCAUCCCCAAAAACAAGCAGAAUUCUGGGUUUAGGCUUUACGAGCGAAGGAGCUCCCUCAAGAAUCUCAAAAUCAACCCCUUGAACCCGGCUUUUGGCUCCAACAAUUCCGGGUUUUCGCCUCGUAAACCCGAAAUACUCUCCCCUAGCAUUCUCGACUUCCCUUCUCUGGCUCUUAGCCCGGUCACUCCUUUGAUACCCGACCCCUUUGACCGUUCUGGAUCCGGCAAUUAUACGAAUUGUAUAAAUAAUAAUGCGAAUCUAGACAAGGAAGCUGAAGAGAAGGCAAUUAAAGAGAAGGGUUUUUAUUUGCAUCCAUCACCGGCAUCUACGCCGCGAGAUUCGGAGCCUAGGCUUCUCCCUCUUUUUCCAGUUACUUCACCUCGAGUUUCAGGUUCUACUUCUUGAACCAAAAAUAAAAUGACUUUCUUUUUAGUUUUCGCUUCUUCUUUUUUUCUGACGCUUGUUAUUGUAAGAUUUUUACAUAUUAUUGUUGGGGCUAUGGGGAUUGGGAAUGGGAAAAAGAAUGGGUGGAAACGAGACACGAUUUGUAAUGUUGGUUGUUUCAUAUUUCAAGAGGAAUGAAGAUAAAAACAAAGCUUUGCUUCAAA